GCGGCGCGCGCUGGUGGCGCGGCUCGCGCUGAGGCACCUGUCGAGGGCGUGCAGGUGGCGCGGCAGGCGCCCGCGCGCGCUCUGGCUCGCCGCGCGCUUCGCGGGGCUCGUCGCGCGGUGCUUCGCGGAGGCCGCGCUGGGGCGGACCUCGCGGCCCUGA